CAUUGACCAAAAUAAUGUCGGUUUAAAACAGGCGUACGUAAAAUUUGUACAGUAGUGUUAUUUUGUCUGUAAUCCAGAUGAUGUUUUUGCUUUAGAAGGGACACAAUUAAUGUGUUAAAUUAAUUUGUGUGAGCAAAGUAUGGACUUUAAUGACUAUUUUAAGCUGAACUAUUCUAGUAAAGGGAGAGGUGGUGGCAACGCUGCCAACAACAACGCUCCCAAUACCGGAAGUACGUUACCAAUCACAAUGACGUCAUCACAAGCGCCAUUGGACGCGUCUAAUUUAUACAACGAAUAUUUUACGGCAGCGGAACAUGCGACUGAGCGCGUGGCUACAUUAGUUAAUGAUGACUUUGACUCCAAUCAUCUGUUUUGUCAGAUGGACAUGUUGAGAACUUAUAAAAAUGAACUUGUUUGGAAAGAAAUGGCCAGGUGGAUACGUUACGAGGAAGCGGUGGAAGAAGGAGGACAGAGGUGGUCCAAGCCUCAUGUUGCCUCACUUAUGAUGGAAGCUUUACAAGACCUACAGAAUAUUCUCUCAACUUGUCCAGUUAUACUAGAUAGUAAGGCAAGAACAAUGGCUGAUGUCGCAGAGGAAAUCACCAAUGCUUGGACGAAGGAAAGAGCUAUCAUGUCUAUAUUGAAGAAUAAAUUGAUAUCUGUAUUACUCAAACAACAUAAAUUUCAACAUUUCAAGAGAAGUGACUUGAAGAAGAAGGUACCGUCAUCUUUGAACCUGCAGAAGAUGCAUCAAAAUGAAGCCUAUAUUAACAAGGCUUACGAAAAGAACACGGACACUUUACACAUACCUAACAACCUUUCAACGCCGAACACUGACACGUGUCCAGAUUCCCCGUCACUUGCCAUGGGAGAAAUGAAUAAAAGUUUUAUGAAGAAGAUACCAUCGGGAUCGGAGGUUGCCAAUCUUCUUGUCGGCGAAAUUCCUGAACUUGAUCAAAUAAUCGCUGGCUUUGUUAGACUAAAGGACUCCUGUAAUAUCGGCGACAUUACCGAGGUAGAUUUGAAUACAAAGUUUAUUUUUGUUGUACUUGGACCAAAGUUACAUCUGGGACAUUGUGCCGAGAUGUGUAGAUGCAUGGCGACACUGUUCACUGACGAGAUAUUUCGGUGUGUUGCUUACCGAGCAGAAGAUAGAAUAGAUCUGUUGUGUGGUGUUCAGGAGUUUUCUCUACAUCUGACUGUGUUACCGCCAGGUGUGUGGGACCCGUCUACUAGAAUAGAGCCACCCGACGAACUUCCGUCACAGGACUACAGGAAGAGCCCCGGACCUAUGACCAGCAGUAAAAGUGCCGUCUCUCUGGUAGAGAUGGACAAAAAGUCUGAGCAAAGUGACCCGCCUGAAGAAAGUCACAGUGACCCUGGUACAAUGGAGUGUAUUUUAGCAGCUGCAAUAUCUGGCGUUUUAUUUGCUUUGUUUGCCGGACAACCUUUAAACAUCCUGGGAAGUACCGGACCAAUGCUUGUCCUGGAGGGAAUUCUUUACCGAUUCUGCAAGGAUCAGGAGUGGGAUUUUCUACCAUUUCGUGUCUGGGUAGGAUUUUGGACCGGUUUCUUCAUUCUCCUGAUAGUUGCGCUUGACCUUAGUGCACUUGUUCGAUACAUCACCAGAUUUACAGAAGAAAGUUUCGCCUGUCUGAUUGCCCUGAUAUUUAUCGUGUCUGCUUUUAAGAAAACAUUUGGUAUCGAGCACACUAAACCCGUGCAUUUUAACCCUCCAUCAGUUAAACCAGGAUGCUUCUGUUUGCUAGGUGGAAAUUCCACGAUGAACGUGUCGGAAAAUUAUCUGACGUCAACCACGUCAUUGCUAAAUGCUGACGUCACGUCAACCACUCUUCCACAAUCAAUGUCGAGUGUAACAUCACUGCUGUCGAAUGUAACCCAAUCACCAAAUGUGAGCACGACGGAAAAGUAUAAGCCAAGUUCAGCUUUAGAAGCCGAGUGUUUGACUCUUGGUGGCUACAUGCAAGGAGUAUGCGAUGAAAAAUAUGUCCCGGAUGUGUUCUUCUUUUCAUUGAUCUUAUUUUUCGGGACGUUUUUCCUUGCUACUGUCCUCGUGCACUUCAGACACAGUCUAUUCUUCCCGACGUUUGUUCGACAAAAUGUCAGUGACUUUGCUGUUCUAAUCUCAAUUAUUGUAAUGGUGAGUGUAGAUGCCACGUUAGGUCUACCAACACCAAAACUACUGGUUCCCGAAGAGUUCAAGCCGACAAAGCCUGGGCGUCCAUGGUUUAUCAACCCAAUUAGUGAGAAGAAUCCCUGGUGGUUAAUGAUACUAUCUGCUGUUCCAGCUAUGUUAGCAACCAUUCUUAUAUUCAUGGAUCAACAAAUUACUGCUGUUAUUGUAAACAGGAGAGAAAAUAAACUGAAGAAAGGUUCUGGUUACCAUCUAGACAUGCUGGUGGUGGGAGUUCUUGUUGUUGUUCACGGUUUAUUGGGGUUACCAUGGUAUGUUGCCGCUACUGUUACAGCACUUGCUCAUAUUAUGAGCUUGAGGAAGGUUUCCGAAUGUACGGCUCCCGGCGAAAAGCCGACUUUCCUCGGUGUUAGGGAACAGCGUGUGACAGCGUUUCUUGUUGGUGUUUUUAGUGGAUUAGCAGUACUAAUAACGUCUGUUCUCCGAUAUAUUCCUAUGCCUGUACUCUACGGUGUGUUCUUGUUUAUGGGCGUGGCCCCUCUUUCCGGGAUGCAGCUGUGUCAGAGAGUUUUGUUGAUAUUUAUGCCGGCCAAGUACCAGCCAGAUUACUCUUACAUCCGGAACGUGCCAAUAAAGCGCGUGCACCUCUUCACAUUGUUCCAAGUAGUAUGUUUGGCAGGACUUUGGGUGAUAAAAAGCGUUCAAAGCAUUUCUAUCGCCUUCCCAUUAAUGGUGCUAAUAAUUUGCUUUGUGCGUAAAGGACUUGAUCACGUGUUCACUCAGCGAGAAUUGAAAUGGUUAGACGAUAUAUUGCCUGCUACACAGGUUAAGACAGGAGAGUCUGAAAUGGAAAAAACAGAAGAACCUAUUCUGAUAAAAGUAACUACUGAAGAUGGUGAAUGGCCCGAGCCUCCUAGGAGCAAAAUUCCGAUUGUACGGACGCUGUCUGCCCCAGAGAAAGAAUCCGGUACGGAGAAUGGUGACUUACCGAGCAGAGAGGCGCUUAAACCAAGGAUGAGCCUUACUUUCGUCUGUAAAACAGACAUUGAUAGAAUAAAAGCCAUGACACCAGAAGUCGUUACUAACAGAAGGCAAUCCCUUGCCCUGGCAGUAGGCCGAAAACGUUCAAUACAGACAAGUGACGGCGGAGGUACAGGAUAUAGCGCAGAUCGUCGUAAAUUUUCGUCACCGCUUAUGAUUGCGCGUAAACUUUCCGUAGAAGCGUACGCAAGUCCAUUCGGAAAUAUUCCGCCAACUAUAGACGAACAUAAUAAGCUGAACAAAAUGUUGUCUCUACCAGCAACAAUUGCAGACGAGAAUGAAAAUGAAAACGACUCUGACGAAUCAAAUAAAGACAAGUGAUGAAUGUGAUCACGUGCUCAAUGUUUUAUAUCUCUUAUACAAACAAUACAACCAUAUUUAUACAAGAUUUUAUCAUAUAUAAACUUAUAUUAUAUACGCAAUGAUUGAUAUAAAGGAUCAUAUUAAAGAUAACAUGCAAGAAAGGGAAAAAUGGAAUAGCCUGAUAAUUGCUAUAUAGACGGAAGUUGAAAUGUUCGGUAGUUUAAAUGAUCAUGAGCUAAGAGAUUCUAACACAAUGUUCACCAUCAUGAUACUGAGUGUUACAUGCAUAAUCAAGGUCCUUAUAUGCAAGGUCAUAAAAACAAAAUAUAAAGAUUUUGUUCAGAGCAUAAUUUGCAGGGAGGUAUUGCAGUACUGCUUGAUGCAAAUGUUCACCAACAUGAGCCUAAGUGUUUCGCGCUUGACCUAGGUCAGUAGGUUAAAGGUUAUAGUCACACCUACAGGUCAACAAAAUAAAAUUUCCACAGCAUUUUUGAGAAGCUAGUUAUCUCUGCGAUGUGAAAAGUUCAGUACCCCGUUUGAACGAAAAAAUGUGUUUAUUAACAAACAAAUUCUGAAGAUCAAACUACAUUUAUAAAUAUGAAGGCAAUUGUCCCCAUUUUUCUACCUAAUUUGUAGCUAGCCGGCAAAUACAAAAUGUAUUACUUUCAUAUCUAU